AUGGCUUCCACCACCUGGUCCACUGUCUUUUCGAAUAUUAAAUCAGCCAUACAGGAUGUAGGGUUCCAGAUGCGCAUGGAUUCUGAAAAAUGCAACCCGGAAGCAUUUAAGAAGAUAAGAUACAGGUUGAGGAAUCUCAUAACCUUUGUGCUUUGCGCCAGGAAACUGGGCGACAGUGACCAGCUGCUGGGAUCUUUUUUAGCGAGGAUCGGAGAUGUUGGUAGCAAGUUAGUGGUGAAAUAUCCAGAUGAUUCUGAUUUUAUGCCUGAUGAGUAUUUUUUCUUGGUUUUUACUUUGGUUUCUGAGUUGCAAGGAGAAAUUCAAACUUUGGAGGAAGAAAUAGAGGAAUGGUAUGUUACUAUGUUGCAGCAAUCAAAUCCUCAUCUCACAACAGAUGAUGUUUCGGAAAUCAUUGGUUCCAUUUUGGAGAACGUAGAAGAUUUCUUCGAUUUCUCCUGGGGAAAUUUUGACAAAGAAGUAGAAAUGGAAGCCUUCCGAGAUCAAUUAACAUUUUUGAUAAAUUUCCUCCAGUUUGUGACAAAACAAACAAGGUCUGCUGAAACAGGAAAAGAUUUGUUGGCUCACUCCAGAGUUGUUGUUAUCAAUACUGCAUACAUCCUUUUCAUGCGUAAUCUUGGCAGGUUUGGCCAAGAAUGGUAUGAAGGAAUGAUUUCAGAAUUGCAGCAAAGUAUUAAGCCCAUUAAUCCUCAAACCUAUGAAACUUACUCUCACGCCCUGGGGAGCUCAAAGUUGCCAAGGCAAGCGGAUGCUAGUGAUGAUGGUGAGGCUGAUGCUGAUGCGUUUAUCACAAUUGUGGAUUUCCUGGAUUCUCUCCUAUCUUUUCUUUGGGAGCUCCUACGCCGGGAUACUUCUUAUAUAGUUAAUGUGAAGUAUCAACUGCUGGAGCUAUGUGAAGGCCUGAAAUCCUUGAGAAUCAUUCUGGAGGAGCAACAGGAUGACUUUGACAUCAAGAUUCAGGAAGAGUUUGGAAAUGUGUUAUGUGAUGCUGGAAUCUUGAUUUCUUCAAUCUACCAGAAAGUUAUACCAGUGGACUUGGAUCUUCUGGAGUUGAUAAAAACGAUCAAGACUAUCCAGGCAAGAUUCGGAGAGGAAGAUCUGGAUGAAGUAUCAAUUUUCAGCUUCCCAAGGACUGCCAAAUUGGGUUACAUCAACUUCUUAUUGGAAAGACUGAAGGAGCUAACAAGUGAAGCUGAAACCACUGCCAAUAAUGGUUUUCAAACUAUACAGGAGCAACUUGUCUUCUUAAGGAAAUUCUUAGUGGAAAAUGUGAAUUUGCACGAUGAACCGGACAAACUCCAAACUCUCUGGGAUCAUGUUUCACAUGUGCUGCACAAAGUGGAAUGCUUCAUUGACAACAUCGCGGUACGUGUUCUUCCAACUGAAUCUUCGAUGUCAAUGGAACCUAUCCUAAAAGAUCUUCAGAAAGUUAUGGAGGAUGUGGUGAAGACUUCUCAUGGCAAGAGACAAGAAAUUGAAGUGAAAGAAGUACCAAGGACUUAUCCCCACACGCCCUCACAGAGUGCCCUGUCUCUGCCAAAUGAUGUUGUUGGUCUCCAUAAAACGACAGAUUCAAUUACUGAUAGGCUCGCCGGAGGAUCAAACCGAUUGCAAACCGUGGCCAUCGUGGGUAUGGCAGGACUAGGUAAGACCACUUUUGCCACAAAAGUUUUUAAUGAUCCUUCUAUUUUUUACCGCUUUCAAGUUCGGGCAUGGUGUGCAAUCUCACAAACAGUGGACAGAAAGAGAGUGUUUGUUGAACUUCUAAAUCAAAUUGACGGUAAUACACAUUCUCAUGUGAGUGAGGGAGAUUUAGUACAAAAGCUCUGGCGCAGUUUGAAAGGAAAAAGAUACUUAAUCUUUCUGGAUGAUGUAUGGGAUAGUGAAGCAUGGAAAAGCUUGGAAAUGGCAUUCCCUGAUGACAGAACUCAAAGCAGAAUCAUGUUGACUAGUCGUCAACACGAUAUUGUUCCUCAGGCAGAUCCAUAUUUUCUUAGUCCCCUAAAUGAAGAAGAGAGUUUGGAGUUAUUGCAAAAGAAGUUAUUCCCAGGAAAUGGUUGGCCACCGGCAUUAUGUGAUUUGGGGAUGCAGAUUGUUGGAAAAUGCCAGGGAUUACCUUUGAUAAUCGUCAUUAUGGCUGGACUUCUUGCUAAUGUGGAGCUUAAUGAUUGGAAGAAAGUUUUAGAUGGCUUAGGCUCAAGCAUUAAGGCCAGAGAUGAACAGUUUCUCCAUUUUGCAAAAGGUUACCAUAAACUUUUGGCAGUUAAAGGGCCACAGAACCUGCGGAGGUUUUGCAUUACUUCUGGACCAAAGUACGAUGUGCAAUAUCAAAGAAAAGAGUCGUAUUUUCCACUGUGGCGAGAGAUCUCAUAUGUGAUUCAUACCUUCAAACUUCUGAGGGUGUUGGAUUUGGAACAGAUUUAUUUGUUUCAUGGGUUUCCAAGUGAAGUCGAACUCCUUGCUUUGUUGGCUUUCUUGGCAAUUACGGGCAAUAUAGAUCACAUCCCAUCAUCGAUAGCUAAGCUAUCAAACUUAGAAACUCUUAUUGUGGAUCCAGAAUGCCAUGUGGUGUCACUUCCAGACAGUUUCUGGAAUCUGAGGAAAUUGAAGUAUCUUAAUGUAAGCACCAAGUAUUUUAUUGCUGGUGCUAGUUUCCCUUUGGAAAAUAUCAACAGCUCUUAUGUCCUACAUGGGUUGGAUAGGCUUUCUGGUCCAAUUUUUCAUCAUUGCGACUGCAUGGAAAGUGUAAUGAAAAAGUUUCCAAACAUCCGCAGGUUAAAAUGCAGGCUUUUCCAAAAUUGGGAUGGUACAGAAAAUCUUGAAAGAAUUAUGUUUCCUAAAUUACUGUUUCGGCUUGAAUCACUUCACAUAUCAAGAUAUCGUUUUGGAAAAGGAGCACCUAUGUUUGGUAGACUGUUAGAGUUUAGUUUGCCUGCAAAUCUUAAAAAGUUGACACUGGAUGAAUUUGGCUUAUCACGGAGAGGAAUUUCAAUGAUUGGCAAACUGCCAAACCUUGAAAUCCUCAAAUUACUCAGAGUCUCUUUUGAAGAGGAAACAUGGGAAAUGGAAGAAGGGGAAUUCUCCAAUCUUAGAAUCUUGAAAUUGUAUUCUUGGGGGCUUGUUAGGUGGAUAGCUGGAGAUGAUCAACUUGGCUGCUUAGAGAAGUUGGUAUUGAAUGAGUGUUACAAAUUGGAAGAGAUUCCUCCUUGUCUAAAGGACAGUUCAACAAUUAAAGUGAUUGAGGCCUUUCUCCAAAGUGGUCACCCUGUGAUAAAUUUGGUGAAGGAGAUUGAGGAAGCACAGAGAAAUUGGGGAAAUAAUACAGAACUGAAGACAUUCAUUCAUGAAUUCAUGUGA